AUGUUCCGUCGUCUUGCCACCCGCUCCACGUCCCUCGUGACGGGGGCCGCCGUGCAGGCGCGUCACACCACCAUUCUUUCCGUGCGAAAAGGCAGCAAAGUAAUCCUUAUUGGGGACCGUCAGGUGACUUUGGGCGAGCGUAUCGUGGCGAAGAGUAGCGCCUGCAAGCUGCGCAAGCUCAACGACAACGUUGUGAUUGGCUUCGCCGGCAGCACGGCGGAUGCUUUUGCGUUGAUGGAAAAGCUGGAAAACAAGCUGAACGACUUUCCGGAGCAACUGUCUCGCGCUGCGGUGGAGCUGGCAAAGGACUGGCGCACCGACCGCGCCCUCCGCCGCCUCGAGGCAUCCCUCAUUGUGUGCAGCAAGGAAGAGACGUUGGAGAUUGACGGGCAGGGCAACGUAAUCACCCCGGAGGCUGACGGCAUCAUCGCCAUUGGCUCGGGUGGCACGUAUGCCAAGGCGGCGGCUCGUGCGCUUAUUGACGUUGACGGCUAUGAUGCGGAGCGCAUCGCGCGCAAGGCGAUGAGGAUUGCAACCGAUAUCGAUGUCUUCAGCAACAGCAACUGGGAUGUGGAGAUCUUGACGCGUGAUGAAGAAGCGGUAAAGAAGGACGAGGCGGAGAAUGAGGCGCAGGGCAAGGAAUAG